AUGCAUCGCCGAAUACUAAAUGUUGCUGAGAAAAAUGACGCAGCUAAGUCACUUUCCAGGAUUAUGUCGCGUGGCAAUUUAACUAAGAAAGAAGGACUUUCCAAAUAUAAUAAAAUCUUUGAGUUUGACUUCAACAUUCUCAAUUCUAGCUGCCGCAUGGUCAUGACCUCUGUAUCUGGUCAUCUAUUAUCAAUGGAUUUUCUGAGCAACUUUCAAAAGUGGAAUAGUUGUUUACCUGUGGAGUUAUUCGAAGCCCAAGUCCAAAAAUUCUGCACUGGUACUAACAUCCCUAUUAAGAAAACACUUGAACGCGAGAUCCGUAAUUGUAAUACUUUAAUUAUUUGGACUGAUGGAGAUAGAGAAGGAGAAAAUAUUGGACAUGAGAUUAUCAGUGUUUGUAAGGCAGUUAAGCCGAGAAUCGAAAUACAUCGUGCAAGAUUUUCGGAAAUUACCUAUAGAUCAAUCAUGAGGGCAUGUGAAAAUUUAACGCGCCCAGAUAAUUUGCAAUCAGACGCAGUUGAUGUUAGACAGGAAUUGGAUUUAAGAAUUGGAGCUGCUUUCACGAGGUUUCAAACUUUACGCUUACAGAGAAUAUUUGCAGCUCAUCUAAAAGAUCAACUGAUUAGUUAUGGAAGUUGUCAAUUUCCCACGCUUGGUUUUGUAGUCUCACGGUUCAAGGAAAUCGAUGCUUUUAUAUCUGAAGAUUUCUAUAAGAUUAAAGUUACCCUUGAUACUGAGGAUGGAGUCAUUGAUUUUAAUUGGAAGAGAGUUCGAUUAUUCUAUCGUCACGCAUGUGAAGUUAUCCAUCAAAUCUGUUUAGAGAAUCCUUUAGCAACGGUUACAAGUGUUGUUAGUAAGCCAAAAAGCAAAUGGAGACCAUUACCGCUGGAUACUGUGGAGUUUGAGAAAUUGGUUUCACGGAAGUUAAAAAUCGGUGCUAAAGAAGCUAUGAAAAUUGCAGAAAAAUUAUAUAAUCGAGGAUUUAUCAGUUACCCAAGAACUGAAACAAACCAGUUUCCAUCAUCGAUGAAUCUGAGACAGCUUAUUGAAUAUCAGACUGAAAGUAGCGAAUGGGGAGAUUUUGCUAAAAGUCUAGUCGAGAGAGGACCAACUCCAAGAUGGGGGAAGAAAACUGAUAACGCCCAUCCACCUAUUCAUCCUACUAAAUUUACUAAUACUUUACAGGGAAAUGAAAAGCGAAUUUACGAACUAGUAGUCAGACACUUCUUAGCGUGCUGCUCUCAGGAUGCUGAAGGAUCAGAAACUAUAGUUGAAAUUACAAUCGCCCGCGAACUAUUUGCUGUACAGGGUUUGAUCAUAAUUGCUAAAAAUUAUUUGGAAGUUUACCCAUAUGAUCGUUGGUCAGAUAAGCCCCUGCCGGCGUUCGUUGAAGGCCAACAAUUUCAACCAACUAACAUAUCGAUGGUAGAAGGUCGCACAGAACCUCCUCCCCUUCUUACGGAAUCAAAUUUGAUUGACCUUAUGGAUAAAAACGGAAUUGGGACUGAUGCAACACAUGCCGAACAUAUUGAAACGAUAAAAGCACGUAAAUACGUGGCGGUACAAAACGGCCGCUUUGUACCGGGCGAACUUGGUAUAGGAUUAGUGGAAGGUUAUGACUCCAUGGGGUUCGAGAUGUCAAAACCCAAACUGAGGGCAGAACUAGAAGCUGGCCUGAAAAGAAUAUGUGAAGGAACGAGAAAUAAAACAGAAGUCCUCCAAGAGCAGAUAACAAAAUAUAAGGAAGUAUUUGUUAAAGCUGCUGCUGAGGCCACUAAACUUGAUGUGGCUCUUUCAAAAUACUUAAUUAACGAAUCUGACCAAAUCAUGGAUAAUUUUCAGGGUAAAACCAUAUACAGUAAAUUCGUAAAUUCGUAA